UCUGUGGAAUGGGCUUUGGGUUGAUGAGCGGCGUUGUCACUUACACUACUUUAUUAGUGAAUUCAAUUGGACCAGCUGUAUUAAUGUGCAAUUCAUGUUCCGCAUUGACAAUAUAUCUUGUCGGAG